AUGGCUGACAACAACAACAAUAUCCCAAACCCUGAUCCCUUCCUCCUGCAACAGCUGAUCGAGGAGUCUACCCGCGAGGGGACAAAUCGUCACCGGCGGGAAGGACAACAACAUACUCCUGUCGCGCAGAGAAGGCCGAGGCAUGAGACCUCACAACCCAGGAGGCAGCAAAUCCAGAACAUCCAGCAGAUACACAGGCUCCAACAAGUUCAGAACGUCGAACAAGUUCCACCCGAGGGACACGUUCAGAACGGGGAAGACGAGCAGGCUCAACCCCAGAAUGGACCUGAACAGGCCCAGAACGUGAACGAAACUGACGCCAGGGACGGACAUGUUGCCUCCUCGUUCACCCAUACCACCGACAGCCGAAGGGUCCAUUAUAAAGACGACCAAGAGGAGCAGGUCAACAUUCUCGAGGACGCGGACCCCACAGCCGUCUUCCUACUCAAAGAACUGCAGAGGACCAACCGCCUCAUCCACCUUCAGGGUGACCGCAUCCACGAGCUGGAAAGGAAGCGACGAUACCGUUCCCCCCCACGGAGGCACUAUCGAUCGCGUUCCUAUUCCUCAUCGCGCUCACCACCGAGGAGACAUCGCAGACGCUCCCCGUCUUCUUCUCGCUCGCCGCCCAGGAGGAGCCGUCGCCAAAGGUCGUAUUCCCGCUCUCCACCAAGAAAGAGCAGGAAAAAUCAGAGACCUGAAACCACUGAAGCUAGGAGCCUCUCACCCGAGCAGGACCGCCGAGGCCCCUCCAAGGCUGUGUUGAAACCUCGCGAGCAUUCUCCUCCAAAGGACAACUGCAAAGUUUCGGGAAAAACACAGACAAAGCCCAGGCGAGGCAGACAUUCGACCUCCGCUGGACCAAGUGACGAGGAAGAUUUCCGCAGUCCCUUGUCCGAAGACAUCCGAAGAGUUCGUCUUCCACGAGGAAUGGAAAAACCACCCGUCUUGGACCAAUACGAUGGAACCACUGACCCCGAUGACCAUAUUCGGAGCAUCGAAGCUGUCAUGGACUAUCAUGUCGUCCGGGGAUCCAUCAAAUGCCGCAUCUUUCCGACCACCCUCAGGAAAGGAGCGAUGACAUAG